AUGCUGCUGCUGAUGGUGGUGUUGGAGCAUCACAGUGAGGCUUACAUGAUGACGCACGGCGGCCGGCUUUUGGCGGCCUGCGCGGCGUCCAUGAUCUGUGGAGGGGAAAAGCCAUCAGAAAAACCCACCCCCAUCGUGCAGUGGCUUGCAUUUCAUUUGUGUUCAUUACUUACAUCAUCCUCAUAUGGGAAGCCUUUUGUCUCGAGCUUGGAGAAGACCAGGUGCCCGUUGAUUUCUAUCUCAAAGCUGCCUGAAAUACAAAAACAGAAUUCACAAUGCUUGAGUUUAGCUCUGUUGCUUCCAGGUCCAGAAUUUGAGAUGGGAACCAUGGAGCCGGCAGCCUGGGGUGAGUGGUGCUCAUCACAGUUAAGGAUUGUACUUCUCGGAGGCAGAAACUCGGGAAAGAACUCAGUGGGGAACUUAAUCCUGGGCAAAGAGGAGUUUGUCACCAAAGAGAGGACCUCCUGCUCUCGGAGGCUGGGUCUAGUCGCCGGACGCUGGCUCACGGUGGUGGACACCCCCGGCUGGUGGUGCGAUUUCAGGGCUCGGGACACGCCGAGGCUGGUCAAGAGAGAGAUCCUGACCGGCGUCUCCCUGUGCUCGCCGGGGCCUCACGUCUUUCUGAUAACCGUCAAGGCCGGCUCGGCCUUCUCGGAGAGGCGGCGGCGGGCGGUGGAGGAGCACGUGGGCCUGCUGGGGGACGGGGUGUGGAGCCACUGCAUGCUGGUCUUCACCUUUACGGCCGGCCGCGAACACAGACGGGCCGAGGAGUGCGUGGCCGGAGGAGGAAGGGCCCUGCGCUGGCUGGCCGAGAAGUGCGGUCAGAGGUGCCACAGCGUGGUCUGCCAGGACGGCGCCGCGGCGACCGAGCUGCUGGGGAAGAUUCAGGGAGUCGUGGCAGGAAAUGGAAACAGAGCCUUUGAGGCGCGGGAUGGAGUUUUGGUGGCAGCUGCAGAGGAGAAGAGAGGAGUGGAGGAGAGGGCUCAGCUGAGGUUUCAGAGAGUGAGACAGAGCAGAUCUCUCAUGCGAGAGGGUCUAAAGCCAGUCACCGAUAUCCGCAUUGUGCUGCUUGGAGCUAAAGGCUCUGGGAAAAGUUCAUCCCUGAACACCAUCCUGGGCCGGGAGGGCGGGCGGGCGCCCGGGAGAACGGCCCGCUGUCACGCCGGGGAGGGCGUGGUGUUCGGGAGGCGGGUGACGGUGGUGGACACGCCCGGCUGGUGGAUGAACUACUUCUGCGACGAGAGCUCCCUCUUCGACCGGAGGGAGAUCGUGCUGGGCCUGUCCCUCUGCCCCCCGGGGCCUCACGUCUUCCUGCUGGUGGUCCGCCUGGACCGGGCCUUCGCCCACACCCACCGGAGGGCGGCGCGGGAGCACCUGGAGCUCAUCAGCCCGCACGUCUGGAGCCGCCUCGUCCUGCUGUUCACCGUCGGGGACUGGCUGGGGGGAACCACCACCGAGCAGUACAUCGAGAGCGAGGGCGAGCCCCUGCGCUGGCUGGUGGAGAAGUGCGGGAACAGGUAUCACGUUCUGAACAACAAGACCAGAGGAGACGGCUUCCAGGUCAGGGAGCUGAUCGGCAAGAUCGAGGAAACCAUGACCGGUGGCUGGCAUUACGAGAUCCACCGAAAAGUGUUGGAGGAGUUGGAGACGGGGAUGAAAGAGGAGACGGAGAGAGCUAGAGAAAGGCAGAUGAAGAAGGAGGAGCGCAGGCAGAGGGCCAGAUCUCAGCUGGGGAAGCCCAACCCUCCGUCACUGAUAAGAAUGAUUCUCAUCGGGGGAAAGAAAGUGGGCAAAAGCUCCUGUGGGAACACCAUCCUGGGCAGAGAGAGCUUCGACACAGAAUCCGCGGAUACUUCCGGCUCUGAAGAGCGGGCCACCGUCGCCGGCAGGACGGUGGCGGUGGUGGACACGGCGGGCCGCUCUCCGCUGACCUCCGACCUCCCGACGACCGCAACCUCUGCUGUUCUGAUAGUGGUCAACGUCAGCUCCUCGUUCAAAGAGGCGCAGAGGGCGGCCGUUGAGGAGCAGCUGGGGUCCGGGGGCGGCCGGCUGUGGGGCAGGGCCGCGGUGCUGUUCAGCUACGGCGACUGUCUGGGAGACGCCAGCGUGGAGCGGCGCAUCGAGAGCGAAGGCGAGCCUCUGCGGGGGCUAGUGGAGCGGUGCGGGAACAGGUAUCACGUUUUGGACAACAAGAACUGGGGGGACGGGGCCCAGGUCAGGAAGCUGGUCGAGCUGGUGGAAGAAAUGCUGGUCGCAGAGCAUCAGCCUGCUGAUCUCCACGGGGGGGAUUGCUUGUGGAAAAGUGUCGAGUCAGCACGGGGGCAGCAUCCGGACACAGAUCUGAAGAAGCCCACGAGGAGCAGGCACCAGCUCCACCACGGCUUGUCUAUAUCAGCUUCUUCCAUGCCAAAUCUGUCCCUGAGCUGCCCAGAGGAUUCCGAUGCAGCUCAGGCUGUGGCACUACCAGCAGAGAGAGCCGGACGGCAAACCGGAUUCCCGGCCGUGGACAGACACGUGCUCCUGUCCUGCGUGGCCUCACUGCUGUCUGGUAAGCAAAGACCGGAUCUGCCCGCCUGGUUCCCGGCUCCUCAGGCCCACCGGCUCGCCCCCGGACGCCGCGCCGUGCUUCUGGUUUCCUGCCAGACGCAGCACAGAGGGCCGCCCGAGCGGGAGGGGAGCGGCCGGACGCUCCACAGGCUCUCAGAGUCCGGGGGCAUGCAGGCCCUGAUCGACCAGUGGGGCGUCAGGAGCCUGGAGGAGCUGGAAGCUUUCAUCGACUCAUAUUUCGAGAUGGUGUGGGAGCAAACCAUGGGCUCGUUUCAACCCCCUGAACCCGCCCGUCCCGCGCCAAAGCAGGACAUCGAAGCUGAGGAGAAAGAGGUGCUUUUAUCCAUUGAUAAGAAACUUUCAAAGCUGGAACUACUGGAGGAAAUUAAGAGCAACUUGGCAGAGCUGAGGCUGAAUCUGGAGAGCAGCCGGAGAGCCAAAGAGCUCAGAGACAAAAGCAAAACAGACUCCAACACUACUGUUGAGCCAGAGAGUCAGUAA